AAUUCCAAAGAGAACUCACUCAUAAAAAGAAUAUCAGACUCUCAUAAAACCUCUAAAUUUCUAACCAAAUCAUCAAGAGAUAGAAUGGCGGAGGCUGCUACUGAAAUUGCCAAGAAAAUGGAGGAAGAGGAGGAGACGCCAGUGACGGUGGCACCAACUAAAAAGGUUGAGGCUACAAGCAAACCGGCGGAAGAGGAGGUGAAGAAAACAGAGACGUCUAGCUUGUUGGGGAAGCUUGAGGCAUAUGUGGAGAUCAAAGCUUCCGCUGAGAAGUUUCAUCACAUGUUCACCGCGAAACCACACCAUGUUUCCAAAGUAUCUCCAGGCAACAUUCAGGGCUGUGAAUUGCACGAAGGAGAUUGGGGCAAACCCGGCUCUAUCAUCUUCUGGAACUACUUUCAUGAUGGAGAGGCAAAGGUGGCAAAGGAGAGGAUCGAAGAGGUGGAUCCGGAGACGAACCUGAUCUCGUUUAGGGUUAUAGAAGGUGAUCUGUUGAAAGAGUACAAAAGCUUCUUGGCCACGAUCCAGGUGGCCCCUAAGCAUGGUGGGACAGGGAGUAUUGUGCACUGGCACUUUGAGUACGAGAAAAUUAGCGAGGAGGUUGCUCAUCCCGAGACUCUCCUCCAGUUAUGGGUCGAAAUGUCCAAAGAGAUCGACGAACAUCUCUUGUCCGAGGAAUAAAAUGUGUGUGUGCCUUAAGUCCCGUAUUUUAUUUAAAAUUCAAUAAGGGACUAUAAGGAGCCGUGUCCCAGUGUGUGAGAGAUUAUAAAUGAUGCGAGUGUGCCGUGAUAUUAUAUGCGUGUAUAAGUGUAUACUAACUACUAAGAGCACCCUCAACCCAAAUACCCAACUUGGGUUUUUUUUU